AUAGCUAUGGCCAGAUUGCGGACAGAUUGCUUAGAGAGACCCCUUCGCAUCUGUUUUGAGGUGAUGGGUCAUUUUAUUGGAUCUCAUCCCUGGUGGUUCUUGAUCGUCCCCCUCAUUCUCUCAACUAGUCUGGGGAGCGGAUUUUAUCUUCUCAAGGCCAGAAUGUCAAACAACAUCGAAGAACAGUUCACACCUGUUGACGGACAAGCAAAAAUGGAGAGGAAAUACAUCCAAGAAACUUUCCCGGGAAAUGAUUCCAUGUUUUCACACGUAAGACUGAGCACAGAUGGGAAUUAUGCAACUCUCAUAGCUACAAGUGACAGGAAUAUUCUGACUGUGGUGUCACUUCAUGACAUCUUGGAAUUGGACUUUAAAGUCAGGAGUAUGGUAGUGCAGUUUGACAACCAGUCAUUUGAGUAUGCAGAUGUUUGUGCUGAGGUGACGGGAUCUUGCACCUCUAAUGACAUUUUGGAUAUUAUUGAAUACAAUGCAACUAAUAUAGACACGGUCAAUUUGACAUUUCCAUGGCAUUACUCUGAUUUCAGGAGCUUUUCUUUGUAUUUAAGUCUGGGGAGUGUAACAUUGCACAAGGAGAGCUCAGUUGUUGAAAGUGCUAAAGCCAUACAGCUACAUUACUAUUUACGUGAGGACAACAAAACAAAAACUGACAUUUGGUUGGAAAGCUUCAUUAAUUUGGUCUCAAACACAUCAUCAACUUCCAUUCAGGUGUCGUACUCCACCUCCAUGUCAAUGCAGUGGGAAUUUAAGAAAUCUCCAGCUUCUGUCAUCUAUUUAUUCUCCAUCACCUAUGCCAUUGCAAUCACAUUUUCAAUAAUAUCAUGUUGGAGGUUGGAUAAUGUGAGGACUAAGGUGUGGGUGGCAUCCUGUGGGGUGCUCUCCACGGGUCUAGCAGUCCUGAGCGCUUUUGGUGCGCUGUUGUUGCUGGAUCAACCUUUUGCCAUGACAGCUGCCUCCUGUCCUUUCAUGAUAUUAGGUAUUGGUCUGGAUGAUAUGUUCAUCAUGAUCUCUUGCUGGCAGAGGACCUGUGUUCUGGACAGCGUCCCUGACCGACUGGCUGACACCUAUAAGGAAGCUGCAGUCUCCAUCUCCAUCACCACAGUGACCAAUGCUCUGGCUCUCUUCUUGGGCUACAACUCGCCUUUCAGCUCAGUCCAGUCCUUCUGCCUGUAUGCUGGAAUUUCUAUUUGUUUCUGCUAUUUGUACAGCGUCACUUUCCUGGGGGCGUGCAUGGCUCUGAAUGGACAGAGGGAAGCAGAGAACAAGCACUGGUUCACCUGUGCCAUUGUCCCAGAAGACUUACCAUCCAAGAGCUCCAAAGCCUUCAGUAUCUGCUGUGUUGGGGGGAGCUACGAUCGAAUCACUGAAAAGGAGGAAACAGGGCCCAUGACUCACAUUUUUGAGCGGUUCUAUGGCCCGUUUCUAACCCACAAAUUGAUUAAAGCAUGUGUAUUUCUCAUUUAUGCUGGCUACCUGGCAGUUAGUAUCUAUGGCUGUUUUAUCUUAAAGGAGGGACUCGAUAUCAGGAAUCUGGCUUUGGAUGACUCCUACAUCAUCAAUUACUACAAUAAUCAAAGGCAACACUUCUCUGAAUAUAGCUGUAAUGUGAUGGUAGCAGUGGAGCAGCCAUUCCCAUACUGGGAUGAAGAUCAACAAAGGCAUCUGAACUCAUGCAUUUCAAAUUUUGAAAGUCUGAACUUUGUCAAUGGCACUUUUGCUUGGUUUCUUGCCUUUCAAUGGUAUGCAAAUGCAACAAACCUCAAUAUAAGUUCUCAAGAGGCUUUCCAAACACAUCUGCCCCAUUUCUUCGAACUCAACUCCAUGUUCACACAAGACAUCAACUUGACUGCAGACAAUGAGAUUCAGGCCUCCCGCUUUUUCAUUCAGACACUCAAUAAAACCACAGCGAAGGACAUGAUGACUGUACUCAGGAGAACAGCAGAGAAAUGUCCAGUAGAGCUCCUGGUGUACCACCCUGCUUUCAUCUACUUUGACCAGUAUACUGUCAUUAUGGACAACACCAUUCAGACCAUCCUGGUGGCUGCGACUGUGAUGCUAGUCAUCUCUCUCAUCCUGAUACCCAGUCCUCUUUGUUCAGUGUGGGUGGCUUUUGCAAUUUGUUCAGUCAUUGUUGGUGUGACAGGGUUCAUGGCACUGUGGGGCGUAAACCUGGACUCCAUUUCCAUGAUCAACCUGAUCAUGUGCAUAGGUUUUUCUGUGGAUUUCUCAGCACACAUUUCUUACUAUUUUGUCUCCAGCCCCAAGAGUGACGUCAACGCGAAAGUUAUGGACGCUUUGGCCCAUUUAGGCUAUCCGAUACUACAAGGAGCGUUGUCCACUAUUUUAGGAGUGGUGGUGCUGUCCAUGUCUGGGAGCUACAUCUUUAGGACAUUCUUCAAGAUUGUGUUUCUUGUGAUUACAUUUGGGCUGCUCCACGGCUUAGUGUUUCUUCCAGUGUUUCUGACACUGUUUGUGGCCUGUGGGAAGUGGUGCUAA